GUAUAUAAAGAGAGAAGGGCCUCUGAGUUCAAGGGUGGAGCAGCCAUGGAAGGAGAGUUCAAGCACUUGGUGCUCGUGAAGUUUAAGGAAGGAGCGGCGGUGGGAGAGAUUCUCAAAGGCAUGGAGAACCUCGUCACCGAAAUCGAAGCUGUCAAAUCCUUUGAAUGGGGGCAGGAGAUGGAAGGACCAGAGAUGCUUACACAGGGAUUCACACAUGCCUUCUUGAUGACAUUCGAGAACAAGGAAGCUCACACUGCGUUUACUGCGCAUCCCAAGCAUGUUGAAUUCUCUGCAACUUUCUCGGCAGCCAUUGAAAAGAUUGUGCUUCUUGAUUUUCCAGCUAUUCGUGCCAAGCCACCUCCAUCAGCUUGAAUAUCAACCAAUACCUCUUUAUGUUGGACAUGUAAAACAUUAUUUUUAUAAUGGUACUACUCUUGGUUUUCCGAAGAAGUGAUCCCUUUUCUUUUGGUAAUUAAAAUUUACUGCAUUGGGUAGAUGAUGUGUACCGUUGGAUCCCUGUUUUGUGAUUGGAAUUCGUGGAACCGCUGCACAGCA